AUGUUGGGAAGUUACGUUCUCCUCGGCGACGGACUCUCUGCCUACGUUCCGUGGAUGCUAGGCAACGGCUGGGCUCCCGAUUAUGGAGAGAUCAAGAUCGGCUAUGUCGCAGUGCCGCCGAACCUCUCACACGAUGACUUCGAUUACAUCGAAGAUGUGCACUUUCACGACGAUCAUCCCGUCCUCCCAAGGCCAAAUCAGGUCAACUUCACGCACAUGAACACUGAAUGGGAAUCAAACGUUUUGAUCGCGCCGUUAAAUGCCUCUUCCCUCGUCAGAGUGGUAUGA